GGAGUUAGGGUUUAUGAUUCAGCUCCCACUUCAAACACAAAGAAAUAGAACAAAAAAAGAGCGGGAGACUCUACUCCGAAAAUGUCUGUUGGUGCUCGUGAACUUACCGUUCUAGGUGAAUUCAAGCCGUUCGGGUUGAUUGCUGAAGCUCUUGAUGGCAAACCCCCCUCAGAUACUACUUGUGUGGAUGAUUAUCGGUAUUUCCUCUUCAGUCCUGAACUCACCAAACAAAGAGAUGACCUCCAUUUUCCGUCACCGUCAAGUGACCGCAGCGAUCACGAGCUUUUCACCAGAGGAAAUAGGAUAAUAUGGAGCAUAGGUUCGCGAGUGUAUAAGAGGUUCACAUCACCCUCCACAGUGAUAAAGGUAACUUUGCAUCUUUGGUGCCGGAUGGGUGAUACCUCAGACGCUGUUCUGUGCAUUCUACAGAGCGAUAGUUUGUCAAUUUAUAACACCUCAGGUGAAGUAACAUCGGUUCCUCUUCCUCGUAGCAUCACCUCCAUAUGGCCUCUUCCAUGUGGUUUACUCCUCCAACAGGCACCUGAAGGGAGCUCGCCAGCGCAUAUCCAAUUUUCGUCCUUGAGCCUGUUUUUAAGUGCUCGCGAUACAAUCCGUUCAAAAAGGGAUGUUAGUCCUCAGCAGAAUUAUACUGCUGUACAUGGUUUAGAUACUACCAAGAGAGAUGGGUCUUCAAUGUCCUCACAUCUGAUAUUAAAGGAUCCACUGGAAGAACCUCAGCCAACCUAUAUUGAGGAGAGGGGGAAAUUAAACUAUAUUAAAGAAUUUGAUGAAAGGACCAUCUGGACCGGAGAUUGUGUCCCCUUGAUGGCGUCAUACAACAAAGCUAAGCUUCAGCAUUCUUUAUGGGUUGUUGAAAUCACCAACUCUAACAUUGAAAUGGGAAAUUCUAGAUUUCCUGAUGCUCCCCUUGGAGUGCAGACGAAGCAAUUUUCAUUCCGGAGGAUAUGGCAAGGAAAGGGUUCACAAACAGCUGCUAGUAAGGUAUUUCUAGCAACUGAUCACGAUGCAUCACCCAUUAUUUGCUUUCUACUCCAAGAGCAAAAAAAGCUGUUGUCUCUGCGGCUUCAGACUAUAGAAAUAAAUACCGAAGUUAUCUAUGAUAUUAAGCCUGACAUGAGUUGGAGCAUACCCUCAGUUGCUGCAGCACCAGUUGUUGUUACUCGACCAGGAGUUAAAGUGGGCGGACUUCCAUUUAUGGACAUUGUCGUGCUGACAUCAGAAAACACUCUUCUUCUAUAUUGCGGGAAGCAAUGCCUUUGUAGGUUCAAGUUGUCUCACCUUGGCAAAGAUCAGGUUUUGCAUGAUACUAGAAUUGUUGGGUUAGCAGAUGCUGUUGAGGAGCGUAUCAAUGUGAUUGUGAACAGUGGACGGAUUUACCGAUGUACUUGGCGACGCAAUCCAUCAUCGUCCUUGGCAAAUGAUUGUAUCACUGCAAUGGCUGAGGGGCUGAACUCUACUUUGUAUAAUCACUUUCUUGUUCUCCUUUGGCGCAAUGAUGAUCAAACAUAUCUGAGUGGGACAGAUCUGACUGCUGAUUCUGAGUGGGAAUCCUUUCAAAGUGUAAUAUCACGAAUAUGCAAAGAGUCUAGUCGUACUUCUGAAAAGCUUUCAGAUUCUGUUUCAUGCUCUUCAUGGGAGUUUCUUAUUAACAGCAGAUAUCAUAAGCAAUACAGCAAAAGUUAUCCUAUAUCUGGAUUUUCAGAAACUUCAAUUGAUCAGCAGGGAUUGUAUUCACCCGGAUCAUCCAGGGGUACCUCAGAUAAUGCUGGAAAUUCGUUGUAUGCUGAAUUAGUGGCUGAGACCCUAGAUACACUGCAUACUGUAUAUGAAAGUUUGAAACUAGACAAUCACCGUAAACGAGAUAUGGGUCUUCUGGUGGUUCUAUUAUGUGAUAUUGCAGCUUUCCUGCGCGAAGAUUGCUACUUGGAUCAUUAUAUACGCGACUUUCCUUGCCUCUCAAAAGGCCAUGAAGUAUCUCUGAUCUCAUCCUCCAAGAGAAAUCCUCCUAGUUUAUUCAGGUGGCUUGAGUCCUGCUUGAAGCAUGGGUGUAGUUCUACUAGUAUUAGUUAUCUCCCAUCUUUGAUCUUUAAAGAUGGAAGUUCUGUUGUCAACUGGGGACGGAAAAUUGUAUCAUUCUAUAGCCUGUUAUGCGGUGCUGAGCUUUUGGGAAAGAGGUUAUCUUCUGGUGUUUCUUGUGCUGUUGCGUCUGGAUCGUUUAAUACUCCGGAGGAACUAACUGUCUUGUCAAUGGUUGGAGAAAGAGUAGGUCUGCAGCAGUUAGACUUGUUGCCUGCUGGAGUCUCUCUUCCUCUGCGAGAUGCAUUGGAUAAAUGCCGUGACUCUCCUCCAAUGGAUUGGCCUGCUGCUGCAUAUGUUCUUCUUGGUCGGGAGGAUUUGGCUUUCUCACGUUUAGCAUAUUCAAGAAAAUCUGUGGAGCUUGAGCCCCAUAUGAGUGUAAAUAUGACAUGUAUGUCCACUCCUUACAUGUUGAACCUGCAUCCUGUGACGAUUCCUUCCUCAAUAUCUGACACAAUACAAUCAGAGGAUAACAAGCUAGAGGAUGUAGAUUCUGUUGAGGGAUCUGUGGCUGAUGGGAUGGAGCAUAUUUUCAACUCUGGCAUCCAGUUGCGGUAUGGUCGUGAUCUGAGAUUGAAUGAGGUUAGACGUCUUCUAUGCUCUGCUAGGCCUGUUGUUAUUCAAACACCUGUUAAUCCAACUGCGUCAGAUCAGGACCUCCAACAGGCUCAAUUAUGGCAGCUUGCUCAAAGGACUACUGCCCUUCCCUUUGGCCGUGGUGCAUUUACACUUGCUACAACCUGUACUCUCUUGACGGAGGCACUCACGGUCCCCAAGCUUGUCUUGGCAGGUCGGUUGCCUGCACAGCAAAAUGCAACGGUUAACUUAGAUCCAAAUGUGAGGAAUGUUCAAGAACUCAAAUCUUGGCCUGAGUUUCACAAUGCAGUUGCUGCUGGAUUAAGGCUUGCUCCACCUCAGGGAAAAAUGUCAAGAACAUGGAUAUUAUAUAACAAACCCGAAGAGCCCAGUGUUGUUCAUGCUGGACUACUUCUUGCUUUGGGAUUACAUGGACAUCUUCGCGUCUUAACUAUAACUGAUAUAUACCAAUAUUAUUCUCAGGAACAUGAAAGUACAACUGUUGGAUUGAUGCUUGGCCUUGCAGCAUCAUACAGGGGAACUAUGCAGCCAGCAAUCUCAAAGUCUCUCUAUGUUCAUAUACCAUCCCGUCAUCCAUCUUCCUUUCCGGAAUUGGAAUUGCCAACCCUUUUGCAGUCAGCAGCUCUCCUCUCUGUUGGGCUUCUAUACGAAGGAUCGGCACAUCCCCAAACAAUGCAAAUUCUUCUGGGUGAAAUAGGUCGUAGAAGUGGAGGAGAUAAUGUACUUGAAAGGGAGGGAUAUGCAGUUGCAGCUGGGUUUUCACUUGGAUUGGUUGCCUUGGGUCGUGGAGAAGAUGCUCCUGGCUUCGUGGACGCUUUGGUUGAUCGGUUAUUCCAGUACAUUGGCGGAAAGGAGCCUCAAAACGAGACGUUCCAUCUUUUUGUUCCAUCUAUUGAUGAACAUAAUCGGAGUGCAGGACAGAUAAUGGAUGGCUCUGCAGUCAAUGUUGAUGUUACUGCACCUGGAGCCACCAUUGCCCUUGCUCUUAUGUUUUUGAAGACAGAGUCAGAGUUGGUCUAUUCUAGGUUAUCUGUCCCUCAGACACAUUUUGAUCUACACUAUGUUCGACCUGAUUUUAUAAUGCUCCGUGUGAUUGCUCGGAAUUUGAUAAUGUGGAGCAGAGUUCAUGCAUCUGAAGAAUGGAUUCAAUCACAAAUUCCGGAGGUUAUUCAGAAUGGUGUUAAAGGCCUUGGUGAUACCAUGAGUGACACAGAUGAGAUAAAUGCUGAUGCAUUUGUUCAGGCGUAUGUUCACAUAGUGGUUGGAGCCUGCAUUUCUCUUGGGUUAAGAUAUGCUGGUAGUAGAGAUGGCAGUUUACAGGAGCUGCUCUACAAAUACGCCCUAUACUUCCUUAAUGAGAUAAAACCUGUAUCUGUCUCAAGUGGACAUGCAUUUCCAAAAGGACUAUCUAGAUAUAUUGAUCGUGGCUCAUUGGAGACAUGUCUUCACCUAAUUGUUCUCUCUCUAUGUGUGGUUAUGGCGGGUUCUGGACACCUACAAACAUUCAAGCUGUUAAAAUAUUUGCGUGGUCGAAAUUCGGCAGAUGGGCACUUGAGCUUCGGUAAUCAGAUGGCUGUAAGCUUAGCCAUCGGUUUCUUGUUUAUUGGGGGUGGAAUGCAGACUUUUUCGACUAGCAAAAGUUCUAUUGCUGCUUUACUAAUAACACUAUAUCCACGAUUGCCGACUGGACCUAAUGACAAUCGGUGCCACCUUCAGGCUUUUCGGCAUUUGUAUGUUCUUGCAACAGAAGCUCGUUGGGUUCAGACAGUUGAUGUGGACAGUGGUUUACCUGUCUAUUGUCCAUUAGAAGUUACUGUUCGGGAGACAGAACACUAUGCAGAAACGAGUUUUUAUGAGGUCACCCCGUGCAUUCUUCCAGAACGUGCUGUUUUGAAGGCUGUUCGUGUCUGCGGUCCUCGAUACUGGUCACAAGUCAUCAAUCACACCCCAGAGGAAAAACCAUGGAGCUCAGGGGACAAGAGUGAUGCGCUUAGUUCUGGUAUCCUCUAUGUCAAGAGAAAGGUUGGAGCGUGUUCCUAUGUGGAUGAUCCUGCAGGGUGUCAGUCACUGCUGUCACGAGCAAUGCACAAGGUGUUUGGUUUGACACGUUUAAGAGCUGCAGCCGCGAGUAGAGAUUGUCGAGAUGGUGACAUGGUAGAUCAGUUGAUCAGUACUUUCUCGUCUAACCCAAGCUUAAUUUCGUUUGCCCAGCUCUGCUGUGACCCUAACUGGAAUAGCAGAUCUGACAUUGACUUCCAAGAAUUUUGCUUACAAGUAUUAUUUGAGUGUGUAAGCAAGGACAGGCCAGCCCUAUUACAGGUUUAUCUAUCAUUAUACACAACUAUUGGUUCCAUGGUCGAUCGGGUUACUAGUAGUUCCAGCAAUUUACAGGACACACUAUUCAUCUCAAGUUUGAAGAUAGCACUGGCCUACAAUAAUGGUUUGCUAAGUAAAAGAUCAACAAGUUCAAAGGAGGGAAUCGUGCAAGCAACUUUUCUUGGUUCAGUCCAGAAGCGGGUUGAGGAGAUUCUUAGUUCAUCUCUCGAAUUUCAGAAGGAUUUCUCUACGUACAUGAAAUCUGGAAGAUGGCCGCCUGAAGAUUAUGCAACAAGGGCCACAACUCUUCUUUCUUGGUAUGUACAAUGGUACAAUGUGCCAUCACCAUUCGAAGUUAAAAGAGCUUUGGACAAAAUCAAGGCAAUUAGCACAUCCUCUUCAGUCCCUCUGUUACAUUUGGUGUUCCCGACGACUGAUGUUACUGCCCUCAAUGAGAUCAACAGAGUAGGGUUUUGCUCCCGGGGAUAAGCUUAGGAUAUAAUCUCUAAAUUUUAUUGUUGUUGUAUCUUGUAAGUCUAUCUAUUCUUAAUUAUUAAUUUAUAGUGUUAGUAUUGAGUUAGAAGAGGAUAAUUAAGAUUUCAUUCUUGUAGGAUAUGACGACUUUCAUAAUAAUAAAAAAUCUCAAUAUCUAGAAAA